UGCACCAUUGCUUACCGUGGCAGUAUUACUCAAAAAUCUACAUACAGGUAAAAGCAACUAGCAACAGAAAAUUUAACCAUUAGCCAUUGUAAAACUGCUGUGAGCAAAUUUUCAAAGCUUCAAUAACUGAUAAUCGUAUCAAAUCUGCAUCAUUCAUUUGUCUUUAAGCCCUUAAACCAAUUUUUUCGCAGCUUAAACUUUCGCAGAAUUUUUCGAAAUGGAAGUUUCACAGCUUAAUUUCUCGAAACUUAUCAUCGCGGCAAAUUUCUGAAAAUAAGUUCUACUUCGACAUAUUUUCUGAACUUCUUAUUUCUGGAAAAUACUUAUUGUCUAGAAAAAAAUUAAUGAUAUUUCUGAGAAAAAAAUUUACCGACGAUCUGGUUCCGAAUCUGAUUCAAUCAAAAAUCACUUUGAUUCCAACAUUUCGUUUUUAAAAGGAGUUAGUUUGUAGUGGAUUUAUCUAGUUCUGGUAUUAUUUGAGAGUGGAUUGAGCAAAAAGUGUUAAGAACCGCAAAUUGAUAAGCUUGCAAUUCUUUGGUUCGAAAAACAUUUAAGAAAAACUAAUCACAGCGCUUUCACAGCAGCAAAGUUUGGCAGAGAAUAAAAUUGUUGUCUGAAAAAAAUUUAUUGUGAUUUCUGGAAAACACUUAUAGUCUGCAAACAACUUUUUACCUGGAAGAGGAUUCAUGGGUCCAUACAUAGGGAUUGACUUGGGCACUAGUGCCUGUUGCAUAGCCCACUAUUCGGACGGAGUGGCGGAGGUCAUCUGCGAUGAAGACAACGACCACUGCCCCACUGUACCCUCCUACGUGGCAUUCGUGGACAACAGACAGUUGGUGGGGGAGCAAGCACGAGCACAGGCAAAUGAGAACGUGGGGAAUACAAUAUUUGACGCAAAGCGCUUCAUUGGUCGGAAAUUCGAAGACCCCGACAUUGAGAAAAUAAAAGAAUCAUGCACGUUUGAAGUGGUUGAGAGGAAAAACAACCCUAAAUUCAGGGUAAUCUGCUUCAAAGAAGAGAAACUGUUAAGCCCUGAACAGAUUUCGGCCAUGAUUCUGAAUAAACUGAAACGGUUGGCCGAAAGAAAACUGCAACAAAGCGUAAACGAAGUAGUUAUUACAGUUCCGGCUUAUUUCAACGGCGAACAGCGCGAAGCUACUCUCUCAGCAGCUCAAUUGGCCGAACUGAGAGUUCUUCGACUGAUCCAUGAGCCGACAGCUGCCAUUUUGGCGUAUGGCCUGGACCAAAAAUUUGAACUCGAGGACAAAAAAAUUCUUGUUUACGAUUUAGGCGCUGGAACAUUCGAUUUAACAAUCGUUCGGUGUAAAAACGAGGUUUUCCAAGUUGUGUAUUCAAAUGGAGAUUCUGCACUAGGUGGUCGGGAUUUCGACACAAACUUGGCCAAAUAUCUGGAGCCAGAAGUCAAGAAAAACUGUGGAAGUGGUUUAGGAGAAUCCAGAGAAGCCAGGCAUAAACUCAUAGAAGCUUGCAAACUUGCAAAACACAGCUUAUCAGGAGGAAUCAGCACUGAAAUCGAUGUGAAAAAGUUGAUAAAUGGAAAUGAUUUCAAAGUAACACUGACUAGGGCUCGAUUUGAAGCGCUGAACGAAAAUUUGUUCAACAAGACGAUACAGUACGUGGACGACGCUUUAAGUGAAGCUAAGCUAUCUGUUGAUGAAAUAAGUUUCGUUCUGCUAGUUGGGGGAUCCACUAAAAUUCCCAAGAUCCGGGAGCUCCUCAUGAACAAAUUUCCAGAUGUUUCCCGUUUGAUGUACACAGGCGAUCCGGACCAGAUAGUGGCGCGUGGUGCAGCAAUCCAGGCAGCCAUGAUUAAAAAGUCAGCCGAGUUGAUGUCAGUGACCCUCGCAGAUGUAUGUCCUUUGUCGCUAG